CGCAAGCUCUUGCGGAAGUAAACAAUCCUCAGCUGACGUGGAGCAGAAUCCAUUCGAGCACCUGGAGGAACAACGGGCCAAGUUUUAGGUUAAAUAAAACAGCUGCGUGUUGUUGAGCUGCUCCUCGUGGUUCCCAACAGGCCAGUGGACUCCACGGACGUCGUCUGAAGUCCAGGCACAACCGCAGUUCAGAGAAAAAUGACUUCAGCGGAGGAGGCCAGUAGGCCGUUCGCAGGUCUGUCAGACGUCUCCAUUCCGGACAUCCCGGUGGAAGGGGACAUCUCCCUUCCUGUCGCAUCUUCCGCAAGAGACGACGAGUUUUCCACUUUGGACGAGCCGGUGAAGGAGACUAUCUUGCGGGAUCUGCGGGCGGUGGCUAACAAGUUUGUUCACGUGCUGUACCCGAAGAGGAGCUCGGUUUUGCUGCGGGACUGGGACCUGUGGGGCCCGCUGCUGCUGUGCGUCACUCUGGCUCUGCUGCUCCAGGGCGGCGCGGCCGACAGCAACGACCAGGGAGGCCCGCAGUUUGCAGAGGUCUUCGUCAUCAUCUGGUUCGGCUCCAUCAUCAUCACACUCAACUCCAAGCUGCUGGGUGGGACCCUCUCCUUCUUCCAGAGCCUGUGUGUGUUGGGAUACUGCAUCAUGCCUCUGACGGUGGCCAUGGUGGUGUGCCGGAUCGUCCUAUAUACAGCCUCUGGGAAGGUCAGCUUUGCCGUGCGGUUGGUGGUGGUGACGGCAUCCUUCGGCUGGUCCACCUUUGCUUCCACAGCCUUCCUCGCUGACAGCCAGCCGUCCAACCGCAGGGGGCUGGUUGUGUAUCCAGUGUUUCUCUUCUACUUUGUCAUCGGCUGGAUGAUCCUGACAUUCUCCCCUUGAUGAUCAAAGGAAACGGGCAGAACAUGAAGGAACUGGAGCAGAAACCAGAAUCUGCCUUUGGGUGACCAACUACUGAGAUGAUGGAGAGCUGCUGAAGGACUCAGACUCGUGGAACCGGGAGGUGUCGUGGUCGGGACUCUGCUGCACUUUGUGUGGAUGUUUGUUUCCCGGUUCUGUUCACAUUGUGUGACUAGAUAACUGAAUGUUUGAGCUGGUCACGCUACAAUGUUUUGUGUGUUUUCUGACUUAAUGAUGUCACCCAUACUUCUUCUGUUUAAACCGCUCCAGUUGUUGUUUUAAUGUUUAGAUGAGACUUAUGGUUGAGUGGAUGUCAGGAGACUUUAAUCCUGAAAAACUUUUUUUUUUCUGUCAGCCUGUCAUUUAAAAGAGAGUAGAUGGCUGAAUCUGUUCCAGCAUCUUUUGUCUUUGUGUGAAAAGAGCAAUAAUUGUGAAGGAUGACAUCUGUGGGUAUUUCUCUGGUUGAAUUUCUGCCAAUGGUUUAGCUUGUUGGUUUAAGGUUAUGUUUCUUCUAAAGGCUCAAAAUAAAAGAUGUGACAGUAAAACAAUUAGCUGUCCUUUAAGUACAGAUCAAGUGAGGAUGUGAGAUUCUACUGUGUGUGAUGUGAUAAAAUGUAUCAAGAUGAAAAAAUGAAAAUGUGCAGCGUAAAAUAAGACCUGACACGUUUUGAUGAGGUAACAGAUUUGAUCACAACACUGAGUCCAUCUCAUCAGAAGGGCCAAAAUAAACCCUGGAGACGUGGUGGAGCUGUGUGUGUGUGUGUGUGUGUGUGUGAGACAGAGAAGAGUUCAGCAUCUUGCAUUUGCUAUUAAAAACAUCCCAAAGACAAAAAAUGUAUUCAAGUAAAUUACUCUUUCCAGCUCAAAUGUAUCUGCGUGGAUAAUAAGAUUAAACGCUACCAUUCUGACACCCUG